UUAUGGAUUCUCCUGAGAAGCUUGCCGGACCAGCAGCAGACUUCAUACCGGUUUCUGUUGACAUGUACGCGGUGCUUAGCAUUUUACUCGUCGCGCUGAUGUGGGGUGCAACGAACCCUUUCCUAAAGCGGGGAAGCAUCGGAUACAACGAGCUAAAGGCAAACAGCAAAUUGGGCCAGCUAUGGCUGGAAGUACGAUUUCUCAUCUCUCGUUGGCAGUAUUUGCUUCCAUUGCUCAUCAACCAACUAGGCAGCGUGGUGUAUGUUUUAACUCUGCAAAGAACAGAACUGUCGCUAACCGUACCGAUGGCCAACUCGUUAACGUUCGUUUUUACGGCCAUCACUGCUAGAUUGCUGGGCGAACGACAAUCGGGCUGGAAAAUCUAUUGUGGAAUGGCACUAGUCAUACUGGGAACUGUUAUCUGUGGCAUCGAUAAAGUACUGUGAUGGAAUGUUUGAGCUGUUUGUAAAAUAUAUGUUUAAGAAAAAAA